UCGUUCUCUGCUGCGUAUGACGUUUCAACAUGGCGUCGCUCUGUAAGGUGAUGCGCAACGUGAGCUCCAGAUCAUCUUUACUGCCAAAGCACUGCGUUUAUAUCACGCUCAGGUCGUUAUACAGCUCCGAUGCGAGCGGAGUAGAUGAUAAAUCACCAGAGAGAGCGAAGGGCGGGUUUGCAGCCGCGUAUGAGCUACAUUCUGACCUGCAGCAGAGAGGCGAUCAGAGCGAGGCGAGGCGCAUGAGCUCCAGGGACGAGACGUCCUUCGCGUCGCUGCUGCGGCACUCCGCGCUCAUGCAGAUGGGUCCGGCUAAAGAAAAGGUCGUUAUCGGGAAAAUCUUUCAUAUCGUCAAUGACGAUCUGUAUAUCGACUUUGGCGGAAAGUUCCACUGUGUGUGCAAGAGGCCGUCCACGGACGGGCAGAAGUACCAGCGGGGCAGCAGGGUGAGGCUGAGACUGGAAGACAUGGAGUUGACCUCGCGGUUCCUGGGAGCGACCAUCGAUACGACGCUGCUGGAGGCGGACGCCACUCUGCUGGGACUCAUAGAGAGCAAAGAGACCAAGACGAAGGAGUAGCUGCCACUGAGAACACUCAGACUGAACUAUUGUGUGAACCAAUGGACUCUGUGUUGUGUAUGAGAUAUGAUAUUUAAAAUUGCACCUCCACGGA